AGCUAGCUAGACUAGGCUAGUCAAGCAAAAAAGUAAAAAAAUGGAAUGUAUAGUCAAGGUUGGAGGUAGUGCUAUCACCGAAAAAUUGGAGCUAGAGACGAUCAACUUUGACAACCUCGUUAAAACAGCAGAGCUUUUGAGUAAGCUAAAGGGAAAGUUCAUUCUUGUACAUGGAGCAGGAUCCUUUGGUCAUUUCCAAGCUAGUGAAUAUGGUGUCAGUAAAGGAUACACUUCUCUCUCAUCAGAUGAACAGCUAAGAGUUAAAGAAGGUUUCUGUAGAGCGAGGCUCUCUGUCACAAAGUUGAAUCAUAUGAUAGUGAAUGCUCUGGUAGAAAAAGGAGUGCCUGCAGUUGGAUUCUCUCCAUGUGGGAGAUGGAGGAUGAAAGGAAGAGGUCAAGUGAGGUCAAGUGACUGUGAGAAGGUCAAUGAACUAUUAGAGGCUGGUUUCCUACCUGUGUUACAUGGGGACUGUGUGUUAGAUGAAGAUCUGGGAUGUACUAUACUCAGUGGCGAUACAAUUAUCCAAGUAUUAUGUGAAUUCUUCAAGCCAAAGAGAGUGGUCUUCCUAUCAGAUGUAGAGGGCAUAUUCACCAAGCCUCCAAGCGACCCUGAAGCCAAGCUCCUUCCCAGAAUCCAUGUUAGAGAAGAUGGCAGUCUAGCAACCAACAUAGCGACCCGACAGCUAGACCAUGAUGUCACGGGGGGCAUCAAGGCAAAGAUAGCAUCGGCGUGCAGCAUCGUCUCGCAGAGUGGUGGCGUUAUACCAGUGUUUGUUUGUAAGCUUGGAGAACAUUCUGCAGAGCUUGCCUGCUUGCAAGGUGACAGGAGCGAUGCUUUUACAGGGACUAUCAUUGAAGCUGCAGAUAACGUUCCAGUUUUAACAAAGAAAUAUAAUUUUGGCCUUUUCCCGUAAUCUGUUUGAGACUGUGCCCACAUAUAUAAUAGGCAUUUAUGUAGAGCCAUCUAUCUAGAAAUAUUCUAUUCC